CGUGGGAUCGGUAUCAUUUGGUUAACAAACAAGCUCAAAGAUGAAAGCGUUUUUGGUUUUAUUGUUGGCAGUUCUUGCCGUAUCUGCUAAAGAAGAACCCAAAAAGCCUAAGAGAAGCUUAGGUUAUGGUUUUGGGGAAGAAAGUGGUUUUAAUUCCAUUGUAGCCGGUUCCGGUGUUAUUGCAACCGGUUCGGCCUCAUCUUACACUGGUGGAUACACCUCUGACGUCAUCGGAGGUGUUUACACUGCCCCAGCACCAGCUGUAAAUGUCGUCAACCAAGUUCAUACCGUAACCAAGGAUGUUCAAGUACCCAUCCCUCAACCUUACCCAGUUCACGUAAACCGUGAUGUCCCAGUUCCCGUACCAGUCCAUGUCGACAAACCAGUUGCUGUUCCAGUUAAGAUCGCUGUACCAUAUGAAGUACCAAAACCAGUUCCAUACACCGUUACAAAACAAGUUCAAGUACCAUAUGAAGUACCUAAACCUUAUCCAGUCCAUGAAGUUAAAAUCGUGAAAGUACCCGUUGAAGUUCCCAAACCAUACCCAGUACCCGUUAUUAAAACUGUUAAAGUACCUUAUGAAGUACCAAAACCAUACCCAGUAACCACCGUAAAAGAUAUCCCAGUUCCAGUACACACUCCUGAAUAUAUUAAGGUUACCGAACAAGUUAAAGUACCAGUACCACAACCGUACCCAGUUGAAGUACCUCACCCAGUUCCAGUUGCAGUCAAAACACCAGUUUACGUCAAAGUACCUCAAGUAACCACUUACGCUGCACCUCAUUACGGUUACUCCGGAUAUUCAGGAUAUGGAUCAUCUUAUGGAUAUGGAUCAUCUUAUGGAUAUGGAUCAUCUUAUGGAUAUCCCACCACAUCUUACGGAUAUCCCACCACAUCUUAUGGAUAUCCCACCACAUCUUAUGGAUAUCCCACCUCAUCUUAUGGAUAUUCUUACCCAGGAUAUGGAUAUUCCAAUCCAGGAUAUGGAUACACUUAUCCAACCACUUACAACACCAUCCCAACAUUCCCAAGUUACGGAUAUUCUAAGGCUUGGUAAAUUUAGAUAUGUUUUGAUUGUUCGAAUUGCUUGAUUGGUACUGUUUAGAUCGACUAGUCCAAAAAUAUAUGAGAUUACAAAAUUUCAA